GCCUCGCUCCCUGCGGGCGAACUUCACAAUAGUGAGCCUCUUGACCGGUGCGGGCGGCACAAAGAACACCGCCUAUAUAAGCAGCCUCUUCCCCACCUCGGCCGUUUGACUUCUUCAUCCACCACAAUGCGCACCUUCAUCCCUAUCGCCGCCCUCGUGUCCCUCGCCGCCUUCGCCGCCGCGAUCCGCAACCCGGACAACCCUGCCGACCCCAUCAACUGCCCGCCCAGCGGCGGCGCCGACAAGUGCUCGAAGGAGACUUCGUGCAACAACCGCAUCCGCAUCAACUACGGCCAGACGGAGCAGGGGCACUACAUCUGGUACUUGAACGACUACGACCCGAACAACCUGCCCCAGGGUAUCAUCAUCACUACUGACACUGUGGGGACGUGUCACUGAGCCAUCCUUUCUGGUGGACUUCGGGUAGAAAGAAUCACCACGAGCAUCACGCAGUAUUUAUUAUUGUAUUCUCCGAGAACGGGCAGGAUGUUGUAUGUUGUCGAUCAAUGUCUACUGGGUACUUGAGAAGCGGAAAUAUGGUGAUUACUACGAUCAGCCAGCGAUGGAAAGACUUGGACAAUGUCCAGUACGCUCAAAUCUAAACCGGGACUUCAGUUGA